AUGAAGGAAUGCAAAGUGGUGUCAGCUGACUUGUCAAAAACAACGUCACACAUCGGCAAAAUGGCAGAUGGACCAUCAAAAACCGAUAUCAAUGCUAUUUUUAAACGGUUACGGUCAAUUCCAACAAACAAGACAUGCUUUGACUGCAAUAGCAACAACCCGACUUGGGCCAGCGUGACAUAUGGAGUAUUCCUGUGUAUAGACUGUUCUGCUGUGCAUAGAUCUCUGGGCGUCCAUGUCACCUUUAUUCGCUCCACACAGCUGGAUACUAGCUGGACAUGGCUGCAACUCCGAGCAAUGCAGGUCGGAGGAAAUGCCAAUGCUACGGCAUUUUUCCGCCAGCAUGGUUGUACUACAACAGACGCUCAACAGAAAUAUCACAGUCGAGCUGCCAAGCUUUACAAGGAGAAACUACAUUCCCUGGCCACAAACGCAAUGAGGCUUCACGGAACAAAGUUACAUAUUGAUAGUCACCAUGACCCCACUUCCCCCACAACAAAAGAGGAAGUGGAUUUCUUCAAGGAACACGUGGACAUCAUAGAUUCUAAUCCGCUUUCUGACAACCAGAAACUCUUCAGUUCUUCAGAACCACAGCCAAUCAAAAAUGGCAACAUCAAGAAGGAGGAGUUUGACCCCAAUGAGGGCCCCAGUGUGGAGGCAGCACUCAGUAUGUCGCCUACUACUGCGGCAGCCCAGGCGGAACCUCGCAAAGCCAUCAUCGGCACCAAGAAACCCGCCGGCAGGAAAGGGAAGGGUGGACUCGGAGCCCAGAGGGUGAAGGCCAACUUCUCGGAGAUUGAGAAUAAAGCCCAGCAGCUGGACAAGGAGCGGGAGGAGCUGGCUGCCUCGCGGGCCGUACAGGAGGCCAAGUCAGAGGAAGAUCAGGCUAAACAAAUGGCCUCCAUGAGAUUAGCGUACCAGGACAUGAGUAUAGAGAGAAAGAAACAGGAAGAAAAGUUGAAGAUGUCCGAUCCUAAAAAGGCGGAGCAACUAGAGAGGCUUGGCAUGGGGUUCUCAUCGGCAAAAGGAAUGAGUCACUCGGCCAUGACAGACAUGCAGGUCAUAGAGCAGGAACAGCCCAGCUCCUCGCGCUCCUCAAAGUUCGACUCCUACGAGAAGAAAUCCUCUAAGGGGCGGAGCUUCUUUGACGACGAGCUGGAUGAAUUCUCCUCUUCAUCUUCCAGAUACGACAGAGACUUUGACUUUGAUAAAAAGGACUCGUUCAGUUCCUGGGGAAACAACAACAAAUCCGGAAGUUGGGACAUUGACCGCUUCGACUCCAAACAAAGCUUCUCCGACACCCUAUCCAGCAAGUCAAAGGAUGAUGACAAACAAGGACGAAGCAGGAAGGCCUAUGAUUACAGCUCGCAGUCGACGUCAGACGAAGCCCAGAAAAAAUUUGGCAAUGCUAAGGCCAUCUCUUCAGACCAGUUCUUUGGAAAAAACGAUGCAGAUUUUGAGACUCGCCAGAACCUGUCACGUUUCGAGGGCAGCAACAGUAUUUCCAGUUCGCAGUUUUUCGGUAACGAGCCCGCUGGGCGCAAGAACUACUCCAACAAUGCGCCCGAUCUACAGGAUAUAAAGGACGGGGUCCGCCAAGGGGUCACAAAGGUCGCGGGCAAGCUCUCCAAUCUGGCCAGCGGGGUCAUGAGUUCAUUACAGGAUUGACAAUGGCUGCCAUAUAUUCUGAGGACAAGUACAGUGGUUGACAAAAGCUUUAUCCUUAUUUCAAUAUUUAUCUUUUUACAAACUGGACAAUAUAAUUGGUGAUGGAGGCAGACUUAUACACACAGGUAGUUGUUGCUCCGGUCGCUAUCAAUGGUUGAAUCAGGCUCGGAAUCCUCGUUCCAUCUUCAGAUACUUGUGUUCCUGGAAUAUAGUCCUACUCCAACAACAGUCAAUUUAUCAGUGACCACAUUCAUUUUGUCUUCACAUUUUCACUGUGAAAUAUGAAAAAAUGAUAUUACAUGUAGAUGUACAUUUAAUUUCCUCCCCCAGAUUUAUCACUGACAUAGUCAAUUCAUGUUCAGGAUCAUCUAUAUUGCUGGGUCAUUUUAUUUUUCAGGAAUUUAUUUGUGUGCUAAUAUUAUCAUCUUUAGUUGUGAUGUCUAUUUAAGCUGAAUAUGCCAUUGUGAAAGUCAGUAGAAUUCUUUUUCCCACUUGCAUGUCAGAUUUUUUUUCUUUUUGAUUUUUUUCAUGAUAAAGCUUAAUAUAUGUUCAUGUAACUGUAUGAGAAAAGGGAAUAAAUAAAGAUAUAUGAACUUAAAA